AUGCCCCCAGAAGAAAACCAAUAUAGAAACAGACCCAAAUGCUGGAAUUUUCAGGCAAGAAUAAAUAAAAAGAAAAUCCAAAAAAGAGAAGGUGAAAAAAACAUCACUUUCAAACUUUAUAGUGAGAGAAAGGAGGUGGGGGAGAGUUUAGAGAGAGAAAGAGGGGACGAUGAGAAUGUACCUGAGAAAAGGGACACAAUGAAAGCGAAUCCGAUCUUUAAAUCUAAGGUGCUCUUGCUUUUGCGCUCGAAGAGCCAAAAGACAGAGCUUUCUCAAAAGCCACCACCACCAUUGAUGAAGGAAAGGAGAAAAAAAGAGAGAAAGGGAAAGGUGAGGCUCAGAAAGUGUGGAUCUAUGAGAUAUGAUUCGUUUCAUGUGGCACAAUUUGCUUCUUCAUCGGAGGUCUUCUUCCUUGGUCGUGAUCUUGUUAGGGUUCCUAGAAUUGCAGUUUCCCUUCAUUUCUUCGUGUCGCAUCGACAUCGUGAGUCCUUCACAGUUUUUGUUCCGAUAACCCUUGAAAUCAACACUGUCACGUGCACAGUACUAUAUUCUGUUAAGUGCUUGCAAAAAUUGGGAGAGUUCAAACUGCCACAUUUCUUCAAUUACCCACCUUACUUCACUUUGCAGCCAGUAAGAGACACAAGAGAGAAGCAGAUACAAUUAUGGAAAGAGCUUAUUUUGGAUUAUUGUAAAACACAGAAGACAUUUGUAAUUGGCCUUGAAGAAGAAUUUCCUCUAUUUACAAAUCAUGUAAUUGAAAGAUCUCUUACCCAUGAAGCCAGAGAAGCUUUCCUUUCAGCAUUAGUUUCUGAAGGUCGUGCAGAAUGGAUGGAUAAAGGACACAGGAAAUGUCUUAUUCUCUGGCAUCGGAUUCAAGAUUGGGCUGAAAUUUUAAUACAAUUUGCAAAAGAGAAUGGGCUGGAAGAUGGUGUUGUCACGAUUGAAGAAAUACGAUCAGGGACUGAGUCUCAAGGAACAGAGCUUCAUGGAAUAGAUAGAACUAUUUUGAAUCGUGCACUGAAACUAUUAGAACAGAAAGGAAAGCUCGUGGUUUUUAAAGGAACUUCAACCGACGACGAAGGGGUUAAAUUUUCUAUAUAA